GCACCCAAGCGCUACCCAUCCUCUCCGCUCUGCUGCCUGCCGCUGCUGAGGGAGGGGACUCGCUGUUUCCAUCCAUGCAGUGAAGCUCAUGAAGAGAAGGUUCCUUUGUCCCCUUCUCCAGCUGCCUGCGAAGGAAGGGCAUCAGCAGUGAUGUCCAGUUAGACUGUCAGUUGACAUCUCAAGACCGGGAGUAAGAGCCAUUCCUGCCAGCAAACCAUGUGAAUUCAGGAGCAGACGAGAAGAAAGUGCACUUGGCAUGUCUGUUGCUGAAAAGACAAUAUCCUGACUCCAGCAAUAAGACAGCAAAUCUUUUCGGCUCAAAUCCCACUACCUGGGAGGAGAUGUUCCUAGAUAAAUCACCAGCAAGCUCAUGGUCUGAACCAGCUGCUCUAGUGCCUAGUCCCAACACCCCUGCCUGCUCUGAAAGAAAGCUGACUUUUUGGCUGUUCCUAAUGAGAAACUCAAAACUCCAUACUCUUUAAGCAAAUAUCAAUAGCCCUGGAUUAGGAGUGAAGAGAUCCCCCAGCAGCCUGGCAAAGCAGAAAAAACCCAUCCCCAGCUCAUACAAGGAUAAACCACCUGCUGUGGGAAAAGCUGGCAGAAAGCUCUGUUUGGAAAACAACACUUGCAAAGACCAAAGCAGUGCAAACAUUUGCAGCUCAAUUUGAGAGAAAGACCAAAGCUUUCCACCUGCCAAAGGAGGCGAUCUACCAAAAGAAGGACCAAAGCAUUUUCAGUACAAAAUAAAAGGCAGUGUAAAACACAAGUUCAAUGCUUGUCAUUGUAAUAGCAACUUGCAAAAUGAUUUGCAAAGGCCUGUCUCAUGCAGUGUGCUUAACUGUGUGAACCAGCAGCCCUGAGACCAAGAGGAUGGAGCAUAUUUAUUGCUGAAGCCAUCAUGCCAUCUGUCCUAAGUUUCCUCUCUUGACCUCCUUUGUGAGUCUGGUGAGGAAGACAGGAAAUCUGAAGGUAAAUAGGGAAAAUGGACGAAAGCUGACAGAGAGCAAUGACUGAGAUUUAUUUCAAAUUCCGUGGAAACCUGACUGGCCGAGUCCACUUUCCAACCCUGGCUACAGAAGUAGACACAACAGCAGAUAAAUAUUCCAGCCUCUAUGUGUAUGUGGGAUUGUUCCUAACACUUCUGGCUAUCCUCCUCAUAUUGCUUUUUUCCAUGCUCUUGCGCCUCAAGCAUGUUGUUUCCCCAAUCACCACAUCUCCAGAGGGCACUGAGAACACCCAGCAGUUCACUGAUGUAGAAAUGCACAGUAGGAUUCCUACUACCUAGAGAUGCCAAAGCAAAGAGGGCUCUGUGCUUGUGAAACACGUUUUGCUCAGCAAAAUGGUGGUGGAAAGAAUCUCUGCCUGCCUAUUGAGCCCUACAACUUACCGCAUAACCAUCAACAGCAGCACUGAGUAUCUGGAGAGUGUUGGGCAACUUUGACAGGCUGGCUGGGACCCACUGGCUGUUGACACUACAGGCAACGUGUACAACACUCUCAAUAAAAUUUAUAUUACAGAAACUUUCUGCUGUCAGGAAAGACUCAUAUCCCUCUAAAAGCCCUUGCAGAAAAUGGUAAAAGCCACAAUAAUGACAGCCAAAAACGCAAAACAGACACAUACCAGAAUGUGUCCUGGAGCCUGUAUUUACUGACCUAUCUCUCUGCCCUUAAAUUCCUUGCUUGUAAAAAGAGUUGAAUCAACAAAGUUAAGUGGCAUAAGCGGGAAGAGCCCACAGGGCACAUACAGAAAUUAUCAGUGGUUUGGAAAUUCUCAGGCAUUUCUCCCAUUCAAGAGGGAAAACCUUAAACUGCCUUUUUUCCACUUGAGUGACAGAUUUACACAAUAGAGUUUCAGAAGUGUAUAAAUGUUUCAUCACCUGCUGGAACUAUUGGUUUCUGACAUUAAAAACCGUACAGUGAAUAGUUGCAUUCCAGACAUCAGAAAGAGACAGAACUUUCAAAAUAGGAAAGCAAAUAAAGAUAAAAUUUAACAAAGGUUUUAAAUAAAAGAAACCAUCAGCAGGAAAUGAGCAGCAGGGGAGAAAAAAUGUUAAAAGACACUAUAACUCUCUUCCUUUGUCCUCCAUUCCAUUAACUAAGCUGAAUGAAAACAUGUUCGUGCCUUUCAGCCUUCCCAGUAUCACUCAGUCAUUAAAAUGCAGUGUGAAGUUUGGGAGUCAAAUGGACAUUGUUCUCCUAACAGACUCAGAUUCAUAAUAACAUUUCCUUUCAUACCCAUGUUGGGUUUUCUUUCUCAAAACCCAGACUAGUUCUUCCAAAGCUUUUUCAUUUGUUUUCCUCCAAAGAAAGUUGAAGAAAUGCCAGGGCCUGGCACUGCAAUAAUGAAUCGCGUGAACAGCUUUGUAUACAGACCAGUAGGGAACAUGUGGAUGGAAAGUAAACUCAGUGAGCACUAAAGGAAAGCCUGGGUUCAAAUAUCCUGGUGAUCAUUUGGAACAGUGAGGAAAAAAUUUUUACUUAAAUUUAUGAAACAACAAUCUGACCCAAUCCUUUUACCUAUGAGUGAUGUACAGAGAUAGACUUUGCUUCUGUGGAUGGGAAAGAUGGAAUCAAAUGUGGCCUAUCACUUCUGGGAGAGCCACUGCCUCUUACAGAAAAACCUUGAGUGAGACUGUUUCAGCCUACAUCUCUAAUCGGCAUGAAUUUUACCCAGCGUAUCUUCUUUAUUACAGUCUAAUUCUAGCUUAGCGAUAAACACUCCAGGUGUUUUCCACAUUUGUAUACACUUUGCCAAUUCUCUUCUCUCCAACAACUUGGAAAGUGUAAACUCCCCACACAAAACCAGCGUGAAAGUUAGAGAAGACACUGACUCCAAGAACUUGUGAUAGUAACACGAAAUUGUUUCUCCAAUGCUUUCUGUACAGCAGGUUGUAUAUUUACCCUUAAAGGCCUGCAUAUGGGUGAGCUGUUUGGAAUAGGAAUAUGGCUUUUACAGCUGAUUGUUGUGAGGGGGAGCAAAAUGAUAAGUAAUGUCCAUACUGGAUGCAGUUGGUCCAUGGACAGGACUAGUGUUUUUCUCACCAAUGUAUUUAGUACGAAACUACUUUAAAAUCACUUCCUUAUAUUGAAUAGCACCUUUCAUACUCCAUUAACCCCCACAUAAGCAGGUUUAAUUUGUGAAAUAGCAUGGUGACUGUGUAAGGGAAUACAGCAAACCAUACACUCUCAGCAGUAUCUUCCCAUGCCACACUUGGCUGUGUUUACCUGGAAAAGAAGGCAGCAGGAGGGUUACCCUCAAGCUUUCUGCCAUGGGGACAACACACAGAUACCACCAGGCAGGAUGGUGGCUUCGCAGCCCAUCUAAAGAUUGGCCUCUCAAGGAGUGCUACUCCCAGUACUGCACAAGAGCCCAAAUUCUGUGUGAUGAUUUGGAUAUUAAUCCAGCUAAGACAGACAGCUACUGAGUUAGUCAAUGACAUUUAAAUUUAACAAAAAUCUAUGCAGAUCAAGGUGGCUUGGUAUGUGUCUUUCAUUCAGCCUCAUUCAUUCAUGAGGCAGACUAGCCCAGUCUCGACAUCUGGCUUACCCUGUACAACCUCUCAAUUUUCCUGAUGUGCCAUUUGAAAGCUACAACUUACUUAGACUGUAAAUGUUCUAACAUACUAAAUCAGCAACUAACCACACUAGCCUUCCAGCACAACUAUCUGUGAAAAAGCCUUAUUUCCAAGAUGCUGCAGGACAGAUUCAAAUGUUGACAUAAAAUACCAGACCUACUAACAGAAAAUGACAGCAUCAGAAUCUGAGUUGAGACCCAAAUUCUGAUUCCUCUGAUCUCAGCUGACAAGCCUCCCAGAGGUAGGUGUCAAAACUGUGCUUCUUUCUUUUGCACUAAAGAUUGUUAAUUCAGAAGAGUCUCACAACCCUUUAGAACUUAUUCAGCAAAUACUGUAAAUAAGAGAGUAAUCACUUUAUAUAUUCUCACAUUAUAUCUUUGGGAAGACUGCGUAUUCUAUAUAAUACUGCUAAGGAGGGCAGCCCCAUCUUCUAACAUAAAAAUGCCAAGUUUUCCUUUCUAAAGCUUCAUUUCACACAAAGGAUCUGUCCCACUUGAUACAUCUACAGUCCCAGAGCACUUACAGUACCUCAUUUAUCUGUACAAUGCCAGCAAAUUUUAAAGUCUUUCCUGUUGAGAAAUAUAAAAAUGCCUUUUCCUCCUUGUCAUUCUCAUUUCUGAUGUCCAAGACCUGAUGUCUCUGAGAAAAGAGACUGCUGGGAUGCAUUGACCUGUGCUUGUUGAGUGGGCUUUAGUGGACUUGGGCAUUCUUUGGUUAUAAGGAGAGUUAUUGGAAAUUUUGCAUGGAUUUGCUGGAUCUUGGGGAACUGCAGGUGUCACAUCCACACCCUUCCCCAUCCAGCAGUCUGUUUCCCUCCCACUUGUCCAUCUGUUAUGAAAACUGUUUUUUUUUACAAAAAUAAAGAAACAUUCUACUAUCAAUGGUGAGUCAGUGACUGCUCUGUACUAUUCCCAUGGUGGAUCUAAGAUACUGGCUUAUAUGCAGAAACAGGCUCAAGUGCUGCCACUCAUUUCAAAUUAAUUGCUGGCCUCAGGGGACAUCUGUGUAAGAAGACCCCCUACCAGUCUGUGUAAG